AUAAUCAAUCUUCCAUUCCAUCCUCAAUCCCAAAGGCGCAGAACACAACGCUAUUCUCUUCCACCCCCCUUCGCCGCGCUUACACAGAGAGAACGCAGUGAACCUCCUAAUGAAGGCAACCAAGAGGCCCAUUCAGGCCAUCGCCACAUGGGUUCGCCGGCAACCCCCCAAGAUCAAGGCCUUUUUGGCCGUCGUCUCUGGAAUGGCUGCUCUUGUUUUCUUGCGCUUUGUUGUUCAUGAUCACGACAAUCUUUUCGUCGCCGCAGAGGCAGUUCACGCCAUCGGAAUCUCCGUCCUCAUUUACAAACUCAUGAAGGAGAGGACCUGCGCAGGACUUUCACUAAAAUCGCAGGAGCUAACAGCAAUUUUUCUAGCUGUUAGACUCUAUUGCAGUUUUGUCAUGGAAUAUGAUAUACAUACUCUACUGGAUUCAGCUACUUUGGUAACGACGCUCUGGGUUAUUUAUAUGAUUCGAUUUAAGCUUAGAUCCAGCUACAUGGACGACAAAGAUAAUUUCCCUAUUUACUAUGUGGUGAUACCUUGUGCUGUUCUAUCUUUUGUGAUCCAUCCAACUACUGUGCAUAACAUAAUAAAUAGAAUAGCCUGGGCAUUUUGUGUUUAUCUUGAAGCUGUUUCAGUACUACCUCAGCUCCGGGUCAUGCAAAAUACUAAGAUUGUUGAGCCAUUUACCGCACAUUAUGUAUUUGCCUUGGGAGUUGCGAGGUUCUUGAGUUGUGCCCAUUGGGUCCUACAGGUGUUGGAUACUCGUGGACGUUUGUUAACAGCAUUGGGUUAUGGACUAUGGCCAUCCAUGGUUCUCCUAUCAGAGAUUGUUCAGACUUUCAUUCUUGCAGAUUUCUGCUAUUAUUAUGUCAAGAGCCUCGUCGGUGGACAGCUCGUUCUACGCCUUCCUUCAGGGGUGGUGUAACUUCAACAAAACUGCAUAUGCCACAAAGAGAAAUGAGAGAGGUUGUGUUGCUUGUCUUGGGCUCUAUUUGGGAAGGUAGGAGGAGGGUCUCAGUUGUUGAACUAAUGCUUAUACAUGAAAUGUGAAUGAUGCAUUAAGUUUUUAAGAGACACAUAGUAGAUGUUUUUUCCUUUUUAACAUGAUCUUAUUUACUCUACAUAUCUAUCCACCAUCUUCUCUCAAAA